GAGUCCAGUGCAGAACCUCUUAACACAAUGCACAGUGAGGUUCCUUCACACUUACUAAGGACACUUACGUGAAAAUGUAUAAGAAAAAUAGUGAUGUACUUACCAAAUGCAGGCUGUGGUUGUAUAGUUUGGCCUAUAUUCAUUUAGCUGUAAUGUCGGUUAAAAUGCUAAAAAUUGACUUCCGGUCGUCUGCGCAUCCUGAGGUGUGGGUUUACCAGGAUAUAAGGUUCAAGCUGAUCACCUGUUGGUUCAAUUUGGCGACUCUCGCGUAUUUGCCCACAAGCCUGUAUUGCGAAUGGCGGGAACUACACUCCCAAGGAAACCUGAGCCACGUUAGGGUGUUAAACAAAAUGAGGAACUUAUGUUUCACAAGCAUCCUUCUACCGGUCACAAUUUUUUCAGAUUUAUUGUUUUGGCGGCUUUGGAAUAAAGAUAGGGAGUUGGUGGCUCCAGCGUCCGUUGAUGAGUUGGCGCCAUUUUGGACACAGCAUUGUAUGCACACAGUCUCCUUGGUGUUUGUGGUUCUAGACUUGAUCCUGUGUCCACGAAAAAUACCCAAAAACUUUACGCUUGGCCUCUCUCUUAUGUUUCUGUUCUUAGGAACCUAUACUAGCGUAUGCGUGCACGCCCUAUCUCAAGGACAGUACGUGUAUCCAGUAAUUAGAACACUAAGUCGACAUAAACUUUGUCUUUUAGUGGUGUAUGUAUUUCUGGAACACUACUUCUAUUACUUACUUCAGUGGAGAGUCAUAGAUAUACUCUGGAGUAAAGGUACCAGUAGAAACAAAAGCGAAAAUAAUAAUUCUAUUUUAAGUUACAUCCCAACAUGCAAAUUAGCUUUAAACAAAAUUAUACCAAUUUUAAGACUAACGAAAUCUGCCGCGAAUACGCAAUCUUAAUUAUUUUUUUCUGUUUUACCAUCUGAUUGGUACAGCCUAUCAGUAAGUUAUCAAAUGCAAUCGAGGUAACUAUCUGAUGGAUAAAAACAGAUCUCGUAUCAGUUAAAGUCCUCUGCGUAAAAUUAGUGAAUUGAAGAAGGUAACUUAGUAAAAUUUAUUUCAAAAUGGGUAAAGAUUUUGAUAUAAAUCUUUGCUUCAAACUGAAAACUGUUGAAUCAAAUAAGACUUUUUUUGUAGUAUGUAUUAUAAAUUCUGUGUUUUUGGUAUAUUAUUAUUAACUGUUGUUAUUGUUUUAUUUGUUUAUUUGAUUAAUUGAUAGAUUUAUUUUCCUAAAAAUUAAUUUAUUUAUCUAUAGAGAUCAGCGUGUCUUAAUGUUUGUAAUUAAAUGAAUGAAUGGAUAGAUAUAUACUGUGAGUAAUAAACGUAUUAACGUUUUUUGUAAGGAUUUAAUAGAUCCUUGACAUUGUACAUAGCAAUUUCCCAAAAAGUUGUCUGGAAGAAAUUGCUUACAGCGAUAAGGCCGCCUUUUGCACAAUCUAUCUAUACCAUAAUGUCAUGCUAUGUGUGAUUAUACAUUUUGUACUUAUGUAUACUAUGUAAUUAAUUUGUGCAAUAAAGAAUUUUUGUAUUGUAUUGUACAUAGCUGUUUAUUAAAAAAAAUAAUUAAAAUGAAAUUA